AUGCCUCAAUUCGAGGCUCAUUUGAGCAACGUGUCGGUAUUACUCAAUACGUAUCACAGAAGGAACAUGGAUGGUCCGGAGAUACGCGCACAAGGCACAUUCACCGAUUUUCAAGUCAAUGAGAUUGACAAAGACGGUAAAGUCAUUCAUCUACAAGACCUUCCGGUGAACGCCAGAGAUUCAGCAAAGACUGAGUCCUCUCGCAAACCGCAGAAUGCAAGUUCGACGGCAAGCAGUCACGGCACUACUGCCGUGAAUAUAGAGAAGCUACCCAGCAUCUCUCAAUCAGACCAAACGAUUUUAACAGAUCUCCUCGGCCAAACUACCACAGAUGAACUUAUUGAUCUCUAUGGCAAAGCUAAUGAACAGAAGAAAUCGGCAUCCAAAACUCCUAUCUUCGUCAAGAUUUCUGCUAUGAGCGAUAAGUCUCAAAGAUCUCGAGUUCAUACCGAGAUUCGGCGUAUAUUCAGUGGUAAGAUCGACACUUCCACUGAUGGUGAUGGAUCUAUUAAGGCGGCACUUGUUGGUAGGGGUAAUCAACAAUGGGGUAAUCGUUCCAGAAAUGAACGAUCUAGUCGCAAAGGACAGUACGCUGGUCAGGAUGAUGACGGCAGUUACCUACAUUUCACUCUCUUUAAAGAGAAUCGCGACACUAUCGAGGCGAUCAACCAAAUUGCCCGUUUUCUCAAUCUCAAGCCCGCGUUCUUCGGCACGGCUGGAACUAAGGAUCGUCGUGCUGUGACAUCCCAGAGAGUUAGCAUACGAAGACGCAAUCCCCAGUCCAUGAUUAGCGUCAACUCUAAGCUAUUCGGUGUUAAGAUCGGUGACUUUACGUUCGAAAAGAACCCAAUCCAUCUAGGGCAGCAUACCGGUAACGAGUUUGUGAUCGUUCUCAAGAACUGCCAUUUUAAUGGAACAGAUAACUUGACCUUCGAAAAAAAGCUCGACAUCGCAAAUGCUACCGUCACCUCUGCAUUAGAACAGGUCAAUCAUAAUGGUUUCAUCAACUACUAUGGUACUCAGCGGUUUGGUACACAUCGGAUAGGAACCCAAGAGAUCGGCAUGAUGAUCCUCAAGCAGGAUUUCGAAGGUGCCGUGGGAGCCUUGCUAUCUUUCGAUCCCGAUUUGGUAGAUCCCGCAGAGACCGGCUCCCUUGCGGUUACACGACGCGAGGAUGCUUCCCGCGCACGGGCUUGUUGGAUCUUCUCAGAUACAGGCAACGUGCAAGAUGCCCUCAAGUAUCUUCCGAGACGUUGUCAUGUCGAGUCUACAUUAAUGCGUCAUCUAAGUAAACAGCCCAAGGAUUACGUUGGAGCCCUCCUUUCGAUCAGUCGGGGAAUGCGAACGAUGUACGUCCAUGCAUUCCAAUCUUUGGUAUGGAAUUUUGCCGCAAGUAAGCGUUGGGAGCUUUUUGGCCAGCAAGUAGUCAAAGGAGAUCUAGUUCUCCUCGAAAGCGACCACCAGACUGCACAGGAUGACGAAGAAACUAUCCAUCUCGCGGAUUCGGAGUCGGUUACUGAGGAUAUAGGUGGACUCAAAGCACACGCGCUUACCGAGGAAGAGGCGAAUGGCGGAAAAUAUUCAAUAUUCGAUGUCGUUUUGCCCUCUCCUGGCUGGGAUGUUGUAUACCCAGACAACGAGAUUGCAACAUUUUACGAAGAAUUUAUGGCAAUGGAGGAGAAUGGCGGUCUGGAUCCUCAUAAUAUGCUUCGCCGACAGAAGGAUUUCAGUCUUCCUGGUUCAUAUCGCAAGCUGAUAGGUAGAUUCAUUGGCACUACUACUGCCUCUGUUCGAACCUACAUAAACGACACAGACCAGCUUGUCCCGACAGACUUAGACUUGAUACAAAAUCGCAAGGCCAAAGAAACCGCAGAGCGUGCUGCGGCUUCCAUAAGCGUGAACCCUCCGGCAUCGGCUUGGCAAAGUUUUGUCAACAAUGUAGAAAACGCAGAGAACCGAGAACUUCGUGCCAGGGCCGAGCGACGAAAAGCGGAAGAAGCCUCUGUCAGACCAGAGCAGCAAGCAACGGAUACUUGGGUGCAAACUUCGGUCAAUCGAGGCAACAAACGGGUUAGAGUUGCUAAACAUACCAACGAGAUCACCCCUGAUACUGACAACGGAACGCCGAUGGACACGCGCGGAGAUGGGGUUCAGACGGACGAUAACACAGCAAGCAAGUCCGAAGACGGCGCACAUACGGUGAAGAACCAUGAUCAAGUAGCUGAAGCCGCCACUAGCGAAACCUCUAUGGCCCAAGUAACCCACACAGAAUCUCCUGCCACUACUGAUGAGAAGAAAAUAGCAGUAAUCCUUCAAUUCGCGCUGCACACCAGCCAAUAUGCGACCAUUGUUCUUCGUGAACUACAAGGAAUGCCCUUUACGGAUGAAGACGCCGUUAACCCCUCCUAGCGAUGUUACACCUAAACUCGACGAGACGACUUUCCACACCAGUUUUCUCUUAUCGCUCAGCCUAUGCCAAUUCUAUCCGACAACCUUGGUCGAAUUUCACUGUUAAUGUUUGCAAUGUUGCACUUCAACGUCGCCCACUGGCCCCUAGAUGAACUGCGAGGACUGAACUCGGGUGGAAAU